CUCUUCAGCUCGGCCAACCUCAUCUCACGCUUCCUCGCCCUCGAACAAAUCUACAGCGCCAACGAACUCGAAACCUACCUCGACUCCCUCCGAAACAUCACCGAGUCCCAACCAACAGAUGUAGUCGUCCUGUGCGCUUCGGCAAUCCUCGCCAUUGCCGAGGCGGUAUUCGAGUGGGCCGCCCGGUAUAUCCAGAAGACAACCCCGGAAAGCAACCAGGAACAUCCCAGGAGGAUGGUGCUUGUCCUGUGCGGCGGCAUUGGACCCUCUACUCGGUUCGUCUAUGAUGCAGUCAAGGCCAAUGCGCGGUACUCGUGCAUUUUUGACAGUGUUGAGGGGAAACCGGAGGCGCAUGUCUUGAAGAUAAUUGCGGAGAGGUUUUAUGGGUUGGAUGUUGGGGGGUCUAAUUUGACGCCAUCACCAAGUGAUUUGGAGAAUCAUGGUUUGACAAUCUUGAUGGCUGAUCGUUCUAUCAACUGCGGAGCCAGCCCGGAAGAAACGCAAAAGGUCUUGGAGAGUCAUGGGAUUCACAGCCCAAGUUCCAUCACUGUGGUCCAAGAUCCAGCCAUGAGCAGACGAACAGUCGCAUGCUUCGAGAGCGUUUAUAGCAAGUGUGUGCAGAGACCAAAGAUAGGCAGCUGGCCCAUCUUGGCACCGGAGUCGACGGCAUAUGGCGUCAAGUUGGAUGACGGAAAGGGACUAUGGUCAAUGGAUCGCUUCCUGGACCGUAUACUCGGGGAGAUGCCGGUAGUACGGGACAGUGAUGACGGAUAUAGACGAGGGUCUGGCUCAUCUCGUGUUGAUAUUCCCGAUGAAGUGGAGGAUGCUUGGACAACUGUUCUGGAA